AUGCCCAGGACAGCUCCUUCUGCAGUGACAGUCCUGUGCCGGAAUGUUCUCGUUGGAAGGGAAACUGAAGACUUUAAUAACAAAUCCUCCAAGGUCACAAUGAAUACAGGGCGUGAUUCUCAGUCACCAGACUCAGCAAAAGGCUUUAGAAGUGUCCGACCAAACCUACAAGACAAAAGGUCGCCCACUCAGAGCCAGAUCACAGUGAAUGGGAACUCGGGAGGUGCUGUGAGUCCCAUGAGCUACUACCAGCGGCCCUUCUCCCCCUCGGCCUACUCCCUGCCCGGCUCCCUCAACUCCAGCAUCAUCAUGCCGCAUGGCCGGUCACUGGAUUCCACAGAGGCGUAUGCCCAGCAUGCGCAGUCUCUGGACGGCACGGUGGGCAGCUCCAUCCCGCUGUACAGGUCCUCGGAGGAGGAGAAGAGGGUGACGGUCAUCAAAGCCCCACACUACCCGGGGAUUGGGCCGGUGGACGAGUCUGGCAUCCCCACGGCCAUCAGAACGACAGUUGACAGACCGAAGGACUGGUACAAGACGAUGUUCAAGCAGAUCCACAUGGUGCACAAGCCGGAUGAUGACACAGACAUGUACAAUACUCCUUAUACAUACAACGCAGGCCUGUACAACUCACCCUACAGCACUCAGUCCCAUCCUGCUGCGAAGACCCAGACCUACCGACCCCUCUCCAAAAGCCACUCGGACAAUGGCACGGACACUUUUAAGGAUGCAGCUCCCCCGGCCCCUCCCCCACAAGUUCCUCCUCCGGUCCCACCGCUUCGACCUAGAGAUCGGACUUCCACAGAGAAGCAUGACUGGGACCCUCCGGACAGGAAGGUGGACACGAGGAAGUUCCGUUCGGAGCCCAGGAGCAUUUUUGAAUACGAACCGGGCAAGUCAUCGAUCCUGCAGCAUGAGCGGCCACCCCCCCUCCCAACAACUCCGCCACCUGCUCCCCGGGAGCCCGGCCGGAAGCCGAUUCCUAUGUCACCCCACGGAGAAGUCACUGGUAGCCCCUCCCCUCCGCCCAGGAGCGGGCUCCCCACACCAAGCCCGAGCACCCCGGCUCUCUCUCCCAUCUGGACUGACCGCAUACAUCCCGAUGACGUAGAGUUAGAGAAUGAGCCCUGGUAUAAGUUCUUUUCAGAGCUGGAGUUUGGACGGCCGCCUCCUAAAAAGGCUCUGGACUAUGUUCAAGACCAUUCUCCUGGUGUUCCCAACGAGGCCUCCUUGUAUCAAUCCUCUAUAGAUAGAAGCCUGGAAAGACCCAGUAGCUCUGCAGGCCUGGCCAGUGACUUCCGGAAAAGGAGGAAGAGCGAGCCAGCAGUGGGGCAGCCAAGGGGCCUGGGGGACCCAAGGGCGAGCAGGACCAGCCCUGGCCAGGCGGACCACCCAGGAUCAAGCGCCACCCUGACCCAGUCUUUCAUUAGCUCUUCCCCUUCCUCUCCAUCCAGAGCAAAAGACCGAGAGUCCCCUAGAAGUUACGCGUCCGCUGUGACUGACUUGGGGAGGAGUGCACCGAGGGAAAGAAGAGGAGGAACUCCGGAAAAAGAGAAACUGCCUGCAAAAGCUGUUUAUGACUUUAAGGCUCAGACAUCUAAGGAGCUGUCGUUCAAGAAAGGAGACACGGUCUACAUCCUCAGGAAAAUCGACCAGAACUGGUACGAGGGCGAGCACCACGGGCGAGUGGGCAUCUUCCCCAUCUCCUACGUGGAGAAGCUGUCCCCUCCGGAGAAAGCGCAGCCCGCCAGGCCGCCGCCCCCGGCCCAGCCCGGAGAGAUCGGGGAGGCGAUUGCCAAGUACAACUUCAACGCGGACACGAACGUGGAGCUGUCGCUGAGAAAGGGAGAUAGAGUUAUUCUUCUCAAGAGAGUCGAUCAGAACUGGUACGAAGGUAAAAUCCCAGGGACCAGCAGACAAGGCAUCUUCCCUGUUUCCUACGUGGAAGUGGUGAAGAGGAACACAGCCAAAGGCGCCGAGGACUACCCCGACCCUCCCAUACCCCACAGCUACUCAAGCGACAGGAUCCACAGCUUAAGUUCCAACAAGCCACAGCGUCCUGUGUUUACUCAUGAAAACAUUCAAGGUGGGGGGGAACCGUUUCAGGCUCUGUAUAACUAUACUCCUAGGAAUGAAGAUGAGCUGGAGCUCAGAGAAAGCGACGUCAUCGACGUGAUGGAAAAAUGUGACGAUGGAUGGUUUGUGGGAACUUCAAGAAGAACCAAAUUCUUUGGUACUUUCCCCGGAAACUAUGUCAAGAGGCUGUGA